AUGACCGAAGUUGGAUUAACUGCGAUCCUCUUAUUAACAGUGCAGUCCUUUCUUAUCAUCUUUAACAUUGUCGGGAACUCUUUGGUUUGCGCAAUCAUCGUGCGGAAUCAGGACAUGAGGUAAGCUUGAGGAAAAAAUAAUGUAGUGGUUCCAUUCGCCACUUUAGAAACAAGAAGGCAACUGGAGCCGAAAUGCGUCCCGCAAUCGCUUCUGGGAUCGUUACUGGGGAUGCGCCGGUCAGCUAUUGGACAAUUUUUUUCCCCUGUCCUUAGUAACGGUCUCAUAGGACUUUGCAAAAGUUAAUUCCAGCCUGUUUCCUUUUCGUUUCUAAAAUGGAGAAUUGGCGUUCACAGCAACGUUCAACUGUUCCCAGCACUUCCAUGCCAGUUAAUUAACAAUUACUCCUCAAGCCCGAAUGGGCUCUGAGUCAAUAGCCCAUAAGACCGAAGGCCGAAUGGGCUAUUGACUUAGGGGCCAUGAGGGCGAGAGGAAUAAUUGUUUUAGUAAAAUCCCACUAGCUGGCCAAAAAUAUCGAGACAAAACAACUUUAGCUGGUUAAGGCUAGACUUUAAUUCUUUUUUUGCCGCCAAAAAGCCGGCGCUUUUCGCUACUAGUGGGCUAUAACAUAUAGCCUAGUAGUAGCUCAACCAAUCAGAACGCAGUAAUAACAGACUACUAGUUGGAAUUUACUAAAUGAAAUAUUCGUGCUUUAUUUUUCAGUUGGAUGGGUUUUCUUUUUUGCCUAGCAUGCGCCUGUAACUAUAACCGAUGCGCACGUGCCCCCUAGCGCUGUUUAUGUGUUCCGUGGUUCAGGCAAAAUAAAUCGUUUCACCUCCGUAGGACUCGAACCCACAACCUCCAGACUAGAUCUACUGUUGUCUCUCUACCAAGUACGCUACGAGGCCUAGCGGCUUGAACAAGUCGAAACAGCAUCACCACCAGAUCUAAUAAAGACAUCGAAUUCUCACCAACGUCAAUAGACCUUUUUCUUUAAAUCGGCGUGAUAUCCUCUAAUUCCCUCUCCUAGAUAUAGGGCUACUAACAAUCAACUCUCUUGACGAAGGACACCUUCGGGGCCGGGCCUGCAUGUCUGUCCGUCUUAGAGAGGUGUCCGGCUUAUAGAGAGUCAAGGUAACGUGACACCAGUAAAAACGUAAGCUGAACCCAUUCUCAUUGAAUACUCUUCUGUUUAACCAAUGUCAAGUGAAAUAAUUCUCUUAUUAACCAAUCAAAUCGUUUCAAGAUAACGUUCAUGGCUUCGUUGUACAAACGUGUAACAGUAUAAAGCCGCAGGGAUCUGUGUAUCAUAAAAUUAAAGUUAAUGAAUUACCAGACGAUUAAACGUUCUGUGGACGAUUUGGAACUUUUGUAUAGUCAGCGCGGACAAAGCGCCAGGAUCAUUGGAUUUUUGUCAUCACGUUGGAGUGGAUUUCGCCAGCUCAAGCAGCGCGGUGUUCCAAGGCGAUGACCUACGUAGCAACUAAAUAACGAGGAAUGCUUUAGUUCCAAAAUUUCAGUCUUCCUUUAUAACUUGUAUUACCAGGAGUGUUGCCUGAUAAAAACUGGCACUUGAAAAGUUGAACAGAACAGAACAUUCGCUCGGCUGUGAAGCUAACUCAAAAGUAAUUACCAAGCGAGGAAUUGAUGACAUCGAGCUCCGGUCCAAACUAAGACACAGUUAUCUUCAAGAAAAACGAAGUGGAUUGUAUCUGCGCCUAACAGGGCAAUUCUUAGAAGUCAGUAUAGCUUCAGUUUAAGAUACAAUUCUUUCCUUUAAAUUCGCGUCUGUAGAUCACUUUUCGUUACAAACGAGCUAGGCCCGGCGUAACAAAACAUAGAAGGGAAUCAUCACUGACGGACAAAACAACUACAAGUAUUUAUUCAGAUAAACGAAUUUCGGAAAAAAAGAAUUAAAAACUAAAACCUUGAUUAAUAUAAAGGGUCAUUUAGCCGAAACAAAAAACAACGCUUAAAAAAAUUGACUAAAGAAAACCGGUGCUAGAAUCGAAUCCUGUCAGAACUACAGACAAUAAUUUGCAGGAAACAGUUAAUCAAUAUGCAUGGAACAGACCAGCUUCAUUUACACAGUCAGAGUUUAAAAUUCUCCACAGUGUAGUCGACACGCUAGAACGAAAAGAUAAAAAAUCUCUGAGGGAUUUUAUAGAGCAAAACGCUUAAGUCACGUUUCACUAGCUUAUGAUUGAUUCCUCAGGUGCUGUUUGAUGAAGAACAAUAGUGCUUUUUUAGGUAUGGGGUUGCGCUCGCGUUCGUGGAGCUCCGCUAUUAAUUGCUAACUUAUAUUCUCCAAUAUGGAGUAGAGUUUCUUGUGUGAUCAGGAAACGCCACAGCGGCAGAACCAUUAGACUGAAAUCUCGUGUCCAUGCGUGUGGUUGAUAUUCAACGUGUUAAUCAAAAAAUCACUGCAUAUUAUAGAAACACGAAUGUUAAAAACAACAACAACAACAACCACAAAGGAAAUUAAUCCACCAUUGCAUGCAACCUCUCCACUAAAAACUCAUAUAUUAUUUUCCUUGUUUUAACUUUCAAAGGACAUCAAUAAACUUUCUACUCAUGAACUUGGCUGUAGCAGAUAUGACCGUAGCCACGUUUUUUGCACCGCAAUACGUUUUGACACACGCCUUCACCCAUCCAGAUGGAUUAACUGGCACAAUACUGUGCAGACUACUGACUGGUGGAAAUUUAGGUUGGAUAGGAGCUGCUGCUUCAGUGUUCACCUUGGUUGUGACAUCAAUUGAACGAUAUUACGCAGUGCUAUAUCCUCAUGAAAACAAUGGAAGAAUUUCUAACCGCAAGCUCAAGGUAUUUUUGAUUAACUCUUAAUUAGCGCCUGUCGUGAUAAUAGAGACUGUUCCGUACACACUCUUCAGAGGGUUUAACUUAUAAAUGGCAUUAUUAAUUUUGUUUUUGCGUGUAACACCUGUCAAGUAGCAUUCUCCUUCCCAGUCUGCCUCGACGAGUUUGGGUGUGACAUUUCAUCGCGAGAGUUGACCUACGAACCAUUAAAAAACAACGGGCCGUAAAAUACAAAGUAGCAGCGCUUCGAGCGUUUUUAAAUUAAUUAUUAGUGGUACACAAUGAUAGCCUUCUUGUCUGAAUCAAAAGUCUCAGCAGACCAUAUAUACGUUUUCUUUGAUAUCAUUUCAGGUGAUUAUACCUUGUUCUUGGAUAUUUGGAGUGGUAAUCAAUAUCCCGGGGUUUAUCUGUGCGAAUUAUGUUAAGGCUGAGCAAGCUUGUGCUUAUGUGUGCCCUGAAGAAUGGAUCGGCCAGCUCUAUAGUUCCACUUGGUGUUUGUUGGUAGCAUUUCUGCCGGUGUGUUUGAUGACUUCUUUGUACUCCCGUGUCGUGGUCACUUUGUGGUUCAAAAGUGCAAAGUCCGAUGAAAACAGCAGUCAGCAACUACAGGUGUGAAACAAUACUGACAUUAGUUCAGUUCAGUAGUAAAGUAGUGGGGGUAGUAGUAGUGGUGGUGACGGUUGUGAUGAUUAUGGUUAUGGUGAGUGGUGGUGGUGGUGGGGAUGGUGAAAGUAGUAGUUGGGGUGGAGAUGGUGGUGGUAGUAGUGGUGGUAAUGUUAGUGACUAGUGGUGGUGUUGAUGGUGGUGGUGGUGAGUUGUGGUGGCGGUGGUGGUGGUGGUAGUGAUAGUGGUACUGUAGUAGUGGUGGUCAUGGUAAUAGCGGUGGGUGGUAGUGGUGGUGGUGGUGGUGAUGGUGGCUGUGGUAGUUUUGGUGGAGGAGGUGGUGGUAGUAGCAGUAUUUGUUGUUGAUGGUGGUGGUGUUGUUUUACAUAAAGUAUAAGUAAAAUGAUUUUACUUAAUAACCUUUGAAACAAAAACUGUUGGUUACAGUUUAAUGCAGUAGUAUCGUUGCACAGAUCUGAAACGAUUACCAAGCUAGAGACUGUUUGUUUAAACAGGAUUGCACUUGACAAAUCGAAAUUAGGGCAAUGAUUUAUCCUGUUUCGCGUUAUUUUCACCCUUUACAUAUUACUAAACUAGGCUGUAGCAUUGAGAGAUAGAAGGAUCUGAAACAGAGCCAGCAUGAACAAUUUGGUAGUAAUAGUUGCGGCGGUGGUGCCUACAGGGGACGUGACUGUGUAGUGGUACUGAUACCAUAAUGCUCGAAGUUGUGAUAAAUAUAUUACUCGUUAUAAGAGCAGCAGACAAUAUCACAUUGUGCGCAAUUACAUUAUCAUAAAUCCUCUAUCCCCCCCCCCGGUCUCUAUUAAGCCCCGCACCCUCAAACGUUCUUGAAAUACAUUAGCCCCGGGAAGGCUUAGUAGAGACCGGAUUUAUUGUCAAAAAGGGAUAACCUCAAGGGGUAUGGUUUCUGCGCCGUUACGAUCUGAAAACGGGUACAGACUUUGCCCUUUCUGGUCUUUCGAGGGAAUUACGGGAGUGCAAGAACGUCUUUGUCGUUUGCAAAUGAGUGAGCCGGGUGAGAGCGAUAUACGAAUUCGAAAGGUAAUUUAAGGAAUCUUUUUGUUGGCGUUCUAAUCUAAGUAAUAAUGACACAAUUUCUGUCUAAGUAAACAUAAAUGGCGCGUUUGUGACCGGCCCCUGCCAAACAAAGUCUACAGGCCAGGUUUGAAAACGGGUAUGGAUUUUAGAAGCUAGGUGAGAGAACAGUGCGAAAAUGACACUUUUUGGCUUAAUUAAGGUUAGGAUUUUAAGAACUAAGCAGCACACCUCCACCAAGAAAUCCCGGAGUAGCCCCGGGUUUACGGUAUACAAUUUGUUUUUACUUUUUUAGGGUGUGAUAAAGGUGCGAAAAAGAGUUACUUUGAUGGUGCUGAUUAUCAGUUUCAUUUUUGGGGUGUGCUGGUUAACCGACUCAGCUAAUUACGUCGCCUACUACUUUUUCUCCUAUCCUGCAUUCUUACCAUAUGCAGCAUCUAACACGAUGAUCUUGUUCAAUUCUGCUAUCAAUCCAGUGGUGUACGCCUUAGUCAACCUGAGAUUCAGGCAAAAAGUGAGGGGAAUGUUGUGCGGCAAUUGCUAUAAAGCGUCGUCCACGGUGCAUCCGUCAAGAGGAACUUACGAAAUAGAAGUUACUAACGGCCGAAUCCAAGAGACAGAUGAAGUCUGCACUGGUUGA